UGACUGAGUGGCAGCCAGGAGGGCACGUUCCCUUUCUCCGUCUCCCCAACCAGAACUUUGCAGCCUCCAGCGCAGACUCACCUUCCCGCUCCUUCUUUUUCCCGCCUUGACUCUUACUGCAACCCCCCACCCCCCUCGGUACGCUCUCUCUGCAUCCCUCGGUCUUCCUUAGCUCUCACCCACCUCCCUUCUCCGCCCUCCGCCUUGCCUCGCCCGACGCCCGCAGAGUAGCAGCCGGCAGCCCGUGCGCCCCGUUGCGGCCCGGGGCUCCGAGGCAUGCGCUCUGCGGCGCCGCCGCCCUCCCCCACCCGUCCCGCGGCAGAGUUAUGCCAAGAAUGUGAGGAGCCCGCGAGGGCCAGUGUCGGUCAUGGGGAGCCGCCGCCGCCGCCGCCGCCGCCGCCGCCGCCGCGAGCGCGGCUUCCUCCCGAGCGGGACUCCGAGCUGUCCCCGCACCAGGGGCGAGCCUGGCUGCUGAGGCGGAGGGGGAUGACGGACCCUUUGAGGAGGACGCUGUCCAGGCUCCGGGGGAGGCGGGGUCCUCGUGCCGCCGGGGGGCCCGGGCGCUGGGUGGCCACAGCAGCCACCGUGGCGGCCUUUUCGGCUGCCGAGGGAGAUGCCGGGGGUGCUCCGGGCGGGCCCCUACGCGAGCGCGCCGGCGGAACCCGGCCGAGCCUGGAGCGACCGCCGCCGUCGCCUCAGGCGUGGGGUCCUAAGGCGCGGGUCCCGGGAGGGCGGCCGGAGAGGUCGGGGGCGCUCGGGCCUCGGCCGCGCGGCGGGAAGGAGGCCGCACCCUCGGGCCGCGGGCUCACUCGCGCCUCUCUGCACGCUCCGCCGGGCUCCGAGGGCAGCGUAGAGGACGAGGAGGACGACGCCGACUACUACGAGAACCUGCCCGGCGGCUCCCAGCCCGCGCCGGAGCCUGAGGGGGCGGAGGCGGAGCGGUGGCCCCCGCCUCCCCCGGCCGCUGGCUCCUCCCCAGGGGCGGAGGGCGGCCGUCUGGAGACAGGCAGGCUGCAGACCCAGUUGCGAGAGGCCUAUUAUCUGCUGAUCCAGGCCAUGCACGACCUGCCCCCUGACUCGGGCAGGCGGCAGGGCGACCGGGGCAGGGCGGAUCGCGGCUGCCCUGCGGGAGCCCGGGCUCCGGGCCAGCCGCCUUCCCCCUGCGGCGCGGCGGCCCGCCGAGCCUGCCCCCGAGACUGCGAGCGGGGAGGCGGCGACUGCCCUUGGCAGCAGGUGUCCCCGCCCCGGUCGCCUCCGAGGGAGUCGGGGGGAGGCCGCCCGCGGACUCCUCGGAUGCGGCUGCCCUGCAGCAGAAGCCUCGACAGCCUCCGCGUGGGUGCCAAGCCGCCUCCCUUACAGCGGUGGUGGAGCGACAGCUGGAUCAGGUGCGGCGCGCGCGGGGAACCGGACGAGCCCCCGCCACGUGGAGGCGGGAUGGACGGCUGGAGCGGAGGCAGCUCCCGGGCCGCGGCGCCCUCCGGCCUCCGGCCUCCCAGCUCCGAGGACCCCCGCCGCUCCUCGGGAAGCCGCAGCAAAGAAGACGGCCAGGAGGGGCUCCCCUUCCUCAAACCGCCCGCGGUGACAGUCAAGAAGCUGCAGAAGUGGAUGUACAAAGGACGCCUGCUGUCUCUGGGAAUGAAGGGUCGCGCUCGUAGGACACCCCCCGAAGUCACCCGAGCGCAGGCAACGUCUCCAAAUCUGGGCGCUUUGAAAAUGCGGGAAAGCCAAGUCGUCUCGGUGCCGCCAGACCAAAGGAUUACGCUGACAGACUUAUUUGAAAAUGUCUAUGAGUCUUCAAUGAAGAGAAGAGAACUUGAAGAUCUGAAGGAUAAUAUUGGCUUCAGGGGUCAUAAGCCACUUAAUAGCAUCACUGUGUCAAAGAAACGCAAUUGGCUAUAUCAGAGUACUCUGAGAUCUUUUAAUUUGGAAGACGAAAAUAAGAAAUGCCAAGAUAUAAGUCAUUUAUCCAUCUCACCCGUUUCUCUACCUAAACUGCAGCUGUCACGACCUUUCCUCAAAUCAUCUGAAGAAUAUUGUACGUAUAUGGUGUGUACUGCUACAAAUUCUUCAUUAUCAAGAGACUGUUCAUUAGACUUUAAUGAGGAAAAUGAUGCAGAUGAUGAAGGAGAAAUAUGGUACAACCCCAUUCCUGAGGAUGAUGACUUUGGUAUUUCAAAUGCCUUGAGUUUUGGGGAGGCAGACUCUGCUGUUCUGAAGUUUCCUGAUGUCGGUUUGAGAGUAUUAUCUGGUAGUGACCUAAUGAAAGAAGAGCAGCACACUGAAGACUUGCUGUGCUCUUCUGAACACACAGGCGAUGUUCAGACCACACAGUCAAAUGAAAUAAAUCCUAUAGAUUCCAUCUAUUCCACAGAGUUUGUGGAGCAGUACAAGCAAAGGCAUGGACACAAGACACAAGAAGGUAUAAUAGGAGAGGAGAGUCCCACGUUGAAAUCUCCUUUUGCAGGUCCUGGGAUAGUAGCUGCUACAAAUAAGCCUGAUUUGGGAGUUGCAGGACCAUCUUCUCCAAGCCCUAGCCCUGUGAAAAAAGGCAGUUCAAUUCAUUGGUCUUUCCCGGAUAAAAUAAAAUCUCCACGAACUGUGAGGAAACUUUCCAUGAGAAUGAAAAGGUUGCCAGAAUUUAGCCGGAAACUAAGUGUUAAAGGAAACUUGAAUUAUGGAAACAGUCCGGAUAAUACUCCUUCCUUGUCUAAAUGUAACUGGCAAGAAAUUCAUAAUGCUGUUAUUCUACCUUCUGGGAACACAACCACAGCUGCUAAGAGGAAUGUUAUAAGCCGGUACCAUCUUGAUACUAGUGUGUCUUCUCAGCACAGCUACCAGAAGAAAACCUCUGUGAGUUCUAAGUAUUCCUGCAAAAGUGGUUACCUCAGUGAUGGAGAUUCUCCCGAACUUAUAGCUAAAUCUAGCAAACAUGGAUGUGAAAACAAAUUUGCAAAAGGAAAAGAAAUAAUUCCAAAUAGUUGUAGCAAGAAUGAAAUAGACAUUGAUGCUUUUAGACAUUAUAGCUUUUCUGAUCAACCUAAGUGUUCCCAGUACAUAUCUGGGCUCAUGAGUGUGCAUUUCUAUGGUGCUGAGGAUUUAAAACCACCUCGGAUAGAUUCAAAAGAUGUCUUUUGUGCAAUUCAGGUAGAUUCAGUAAACAAAGCCAGAACAGCUUUGCUCACAUGUCGGACAACGUUUUUAGACAUGGAUCACACUUUCAACAUAGAAAUUGAAAAUGCACAGCAUUUGAAAUUAGUAGUAUUCAGUUGGGAACCCACUCCAAGAAAAAAUCGAGUGUGUUGUCAUGGAACUGUUGUUCUUCCCACCUUAUUCAGAGUGACAAAGACACAUCAGUUGGCUGUCAAACUUGAACCUAGAGGUCUUAUUUAUGUGAAAGUGACUCUUUUGGAACAGUGGGAGAAUUCACUUCAUGGACUAGAUAUAAAUCGAGAACCAGUAAUAUUUGGUGUUGAUAUUCGAAAAGUUGUAGAGAAAGAAAAUAUAGGCUUGAUGGUACCACUCCUGAUUCAGAAAUGUAUUAUGGAAAUUGAAAAGAGAGGCUGUCAGGUAGUAGGCCUGUACCGAUUAUGUGGCUCGGCAGCAGUCAAGAAAGAACUUCGAGAGGCUUUUGAGAGGGAUAGCAAAGCUGUUGGUCUGUGUGAAAGCCAAUACCCAGAUAUAAAUGUAAUAACAGCAAAGUUUUCAAGCAUAUACACAAGUAGAGAGAAUACUAUGAUAAACCUUCUUUAUCCAUCACCUGGCUUCCAUAAUCAACACAUGACCAAACCUGUCUCAUUUAUACCCCUCAUUUGAUUCUCCCCAAACUUGGAUUAUUUUGAACCAUAUCUCAGCUAUCACAUCCUUUCACCUACAGAUGCUUUGGUAUGUAUUUCUAGAUCAUCUAUGUAUUUUGAUAGUCUUUCUCUUCUCUCUACUGUCAACUACCUUUUUUUUUUUUCUUGCUGUAAUAGUGUUUGUUUUUCUCUUCUAAUUUGCUUUCUUAUUUUACACACAAUUAAUUGUCUAGGUGAGAAUUUGAGGAAGGUUCAACUUGCACAUAUUCAAGAGAUUUUUAUUAGUUGAAAUCCUUAAAGCUAACUGUUAGGAUUGAGGCUUUCCAAAUAACUGAGCUUCCCAACCUCUGAACUCUGAAUGACUGUAUUUCAUAGAAUAUUUAAUAUUAUAUUCUUGGAUAACUAAAACUUUGAUCCCAAGCAUUUUAAUUCUGAGAUGGAGCAAACCAAAGCACUUUUUCUUUCUCUUAAGUUUUAGCAAACCAGAAAUAAUGGUUACUUUUAUUUUAUAAAGGAAGAAGGCAUAUUAUUUCUACUAAAAAAUGGGUCAUUUCUACAAAAAAGUAGACUUUUUCCCUUAAUAAUGUGUAAUAAACAAAAUCAGCGAAGGACUCAUUUUAUGAAUUUAUUAAAGAAAAAUUUUAUAAAUAGCAAUCCUCAGAAAAUUACACUCUAUAACUAAAUAAAAGGAGAUUUUGUCUUGGUUGAAGACUUUCUUGGAGAUAAAAAUUAUGUCAAAUGUGUAUAAUUUAAAAAGAUGAAGUGAUGUGGUUUGAAUUGAUUAUUUGUUAUAAGAGAAGGUCCUUAGUUGGAAAUUUGCAGCAUAUGCAGAAGGUAUGACAAUAGGUCAAUGAAACAUUUAUAGAAGUAUUCUUUUCUAAAAUUGAGAGUUUACAUAAUUUAUGAAUUGGGUAUUUCUUGGCUUUAUUCUUUGUAUAUUCCAUUUCAGUAAACCUGUUUUUCAGAAGAACCUAGAGCUGUUUUCAUUCUUGAUAAAAAGCCAAUGGGAUGACUUAAGGUUUGCCUGAGAAAUAUCAUUGGAAUUGCAAUAAAAUAUACACAAGGGCUCAUCGUGGCUCAAAGUAAAGGGUAUUGUUGAUUUGGGGAACUGGCCAGUAAUAGUGUUGCCUCAUGUGUUUGUUCCACGUGAACUCACAUUUCAAGUAAACUUUAAAAUAUAAUUAACUGUUAAGUAGGUCUAAAAGAAGAGAUAUUAAUGGAGUGAAUGAUAGAGUUUACUCACAGUGUAAUGCAUUCUUAGUAGUUGGUUUGUCUGGAAUACAGAAUGAAGUGCUCCAGACAAACCAGAUUUUUUUCAGUCAGGUGCAAAAUUUAAGGUAUAAAAUCUAUUCAUAGUACAAGAGAAGAAAUUGGAAAAGUCAACAUUAUUUAUUUAGUGAUUAUUAGAGUUUUAGGCAGAGAGAACAGGGUGAAUUUUGUGAUUGAGAAUUAAUAAAAUAUAGGUACUUCAAACCAGCCUCUGAGAAGAAGUAGUUUUAGAGAUUAGAAUGACUUGUUUUGAGUGUGGUGGUACGUGUAUCCCACCAUGAGGAUGAGUAGAAUUUCUCUGUGUAGUUGGUCCUGUGCCUGAAUGAGGGUGAGAGGCAUAUGGUUUCAUAGUAUCUAACUAUUACAGGGCAGCUUAAGAGAUGUAACUAGAACCAGCUCUUUAUUUAUCAAUAAUUGCCUGCUUCAAGUACAUGAUAAAAGAUUUACUGUGUUGCAUUAAAUAAACUUCAUCAUAAAUUCUCCCCAAGUCUUUUUUAAGUAGCUCCUGUAACAUUAAAGAUUGUCACUACAAAUUUAUUAUCUUACGGUUUUUAUGUCCCAAAGUGUUUGAAAGAUGUUAAGAAGGCAAUAUGGCUUUAAGAUGCUCCUGCCUAUCACUAAGUUUUUGGGAUAAGGCCAUAUAGCUAAUUUCUAGACAGAUGAGUAGUCAUAUCAUACAUGUUACAACGCACUAUGAAUACCUUCUCGCUGUUUCAUUUUAUAAAAUCUUUUGAUUAUUUUUCCUGUGACGUUUGUCUGCUUAUAGAAAAGCAACUAUAAUUUUUACUUCAUUGAACAUAAUGUUCAUUGAGCAUACUUUAAGUGCUUAAUAUUUGUUAUAAAAAUUCUCUCUUAUUUGCCCUCAAAUUAUAGUGAAGCAAGUAAUCUUGAACUUGGGUUAAUUUAAAAUUCCAUUUAUAUUAAUAGUUGUUUAGCAUAUUAAUCAUAUAAAGGAUAAUGAUAUUUGAAAUACAUGUUUCACUAAGGUAUAAAGUUAUCUUUUCUGGAGAUCUUUUAGGUUUUGAUUUAAUAUAAUUGCAUUACAGGGCAAGUCUCAAGCUACCAGGGCAUAUUGAGUUUUAUAAGAACUAACAAGUCUUGCUUUGUCAAGGAACAACUAUGGAACCUUUAAAAAAGAUUAUGCCCUAAAGGGUUAGUAGUGUCUUUAUUUGGCAGCUACAGAAAAUUGCAUUUUCACUUUCUAAUUGUAACUCAAUGCUCUUUACACUGAAUGUUGCAAUUCAUUGUAGGAAACUAAUGAUAGUAGUAAAGAUCACAUGAUAUAAGUUAAGGAAUGUGAAUAAACAAUUGUUGCAUGUGUACUGUGUACAAAAUGCUUUAUCAUUAUCAUCACUGUAUGUCUAACAUGUAUUGAUUAUUAUUAUAUGCCAAGCACUUUAUAUAUGUGUAUCUCUUUGUAUAUGUCGAAGAAAAAGUUUGGGGCUUCCCUGG